AUUCUUUCAUUUAUAAAAUACGUCUAUAGUCGCAGACAUGUAAUUGAGUGAUAUGUGAAAAUCAGAAUAAAAUGCAGAAAUUAUUGAUACUAGUUUCAUUUUUAUUUCCCUUGAUCGUCUGUAAAGAGAACCGAAUUGUUGGUGGAGAAGAAGCUAAUAUAGCGCAACAUGGCUGGCAGGUAUCACUUUUAUUAUUCGGAAAUCAUUAUUGUGGUGGAGUAAUUAUUGACAAAAAUUGGAUUUUAACAGCUGCACAUUGCAUUGAAAAGUAA